CAUUUUACCUAAUUAAAAUAAACAAAAUUGUCACGUUUAGUGAGGCAAAACAUCUUAUAAAAUGGCUGAAGCAAACAGAAAUCCGGUUCACAAUUAGUGAAUUUUUCCAUCAAAAUGUUUCUAGUUUCGACAUGUUUAACAUUUCUUCUUUUCACAUAUAGUGCUUUUGGGCAAACUGAAACCAUCACUUUAAAGGAUCUUUUAAUACCACCGCUACCAUCCAAUUCUCCUUCAAUAAGUCCAGAUCCAGUUCCUGAAACCACCAUUGCACAUGAAGCUCCACAUGAACCUACUCCACCUACUACUACAGAAGCAGCAAACGAAUUGCCAUCCAAUAUGAAAUAUAUUAAAGAAGUACUAGAAUUACUUUUACCACUGGAGGAUAGACAUUUGGAAGUCGUAAAAGAUUUACUACCUGUGUCUAUUGAACUUGCAAAAUUGGCAGUCCAUUUUAAGCAGUAAAAUCGAAUAUUUUGAGAAUGUUUAAUUGCAAUAUUGAAAAUGAACUAGUAAAAUAUACGUUUCACCAAUAGUGUA